AUUGAGCAAGUUUACGCGCGCGCAGCAGGCCACGACAAAACUAGAUCACUGACAUUUCCUCCCAUGAGACCAUGACUUUAACUUUGUCUCUUCUGGCACGUAAUAGUCUCGCACUGAACACCUCAUGUCGUUCAGAGGACUGGCGUUUCUCGUUGCAGAGUCAUGUCUUUCCUUGGCGGCUCUUGUCGUGUUCACGGCAGUGUUUGUCGGCGACUACCGAAUGAAAGCUUGGCUGAAUGGCGGUGGUGAAGGCUGGAAUUCGGAUCCAGCACAGAGGGUGUACUUUUACGCCAACUUCAAGGAGCCCCCCGAGAUUCCGACCAUAUGGACACAAGCUCUUUCCAAGGCAACGCUGGGCAUGGCCAUCUUGACAGUGGUCUGGCUCUUUGUGCAUGGCAUUGCAUCCCGGCACCACUAUAUCUCUCUUGGCGCGACACUGGCCUGCGAGACCUUUAUCGCCCUUCUUUGGAUCUACAUCACCUUGGAGCAGUGCUCGAGUGACUUGACGGACGAGGAGCACUUGAGUCAGUACCCGUGGUUUCUGACGAGAGCUUGCUCGCGGGCGUGGGACGACGCAAAGGCAGCCUGCCACACGCUGCGUGCGGGCUUCUACUUGUCAUUGGUGAUCGUCUGCAUGUUCUGUGGGCGCAUCAUCCUUUCGAUACAUACACUGUCUUGUGGCCGUCCGAGGGAGCUUGGAUAUACAAAGGCUGGUACCGGCAGCAGCUACCAUCUUGGGGCCACGGAAGACGAUGACGAAGCGUUCGAGCUGCGCUCGUCCGAGGACGAUCGGCAACAGGCGUUGCGGGACGCAAUAAGCCCGGUCUUAGCAUUCUUCCCGGCAAGCCAUUCACGGUCCCUUGAUGAACACUUCUGAAUGCGCACGUCCAUGUGUGGGAAGCGUGGUGGGCAGGGGUGAACUGGCGCAAUCAUGCUCAAAGCAAGUUGGCUGCGCGCGUG